CGCUGGGCGCGGGCCGGGCCAGGCGGGACCCGGGAUGCCGGGGAGGCAAUGGGGACGCGCCCUGGGUGCGGGCCGGGCCGGGCGUUGGGGGCUCAGCGGCAGCCGGCAGUGAUGACUGGGCAGGCCGAUGGGGGCGCGGGCCACACAGGAGGAAAAGCGAACUUGCAUGGCUGGGAAAGCAUGGGCAGGGGCGGCGUGGGGCGGGGGUGUUGUGGAUGCUCCCGUUUGGUUUUCACCUGACGUCAUUUUUCUUUCUGGUCCAGGGGCCUCCCUGAUGCUUGGCGCAGAAAGAAGGCGCUGCUGGCUGGCGUCACCUUGGAGAGGAGCUGGAGACUAGCCAGAUACAGAGCACUGAACAAAUGCUGGUUCCAAAUCCCUGGCAGGGAUCGGAACGCCUCUGCUGUGCUGAAAGCCGACCCGAGCGCAGAUCGUGAGCGGGCAGUUACAGGAGCUGCUGUCAGGUUCUGUCUAGUUGUACAAUGUCCUUUCUUUCGGGACACCAGGUAUAUACCUUUGCAAAUUCAGUGGUCCACGUCGUGGUGUCAGAAUCGCUGCAGACCCAAGUUCCCCCUGCGGUGGGCGCCUAGUCCCUUGUCAACUGCACACCUAAUACAGUGCACACGGCCGUCACCAGGAAACGCUGCGGCCAGGGCACUGCUGACCUGCUUGCCGACUCACGUAUGGUUCUUAAGUGUCUUUUCAGAAUGCUCGGAGGCGCCUCUCAAGUUUCCUCGCAGAGAACCCUCACGAGGGUGUGGCCUGUGAAUGGCCUGAAUGUCUCAUUUGUACCGGUAGGUUAAGGAAGGGAUCCUCAAAACCCAGCAGCUGAAAUACCGGUUCGUUAGUGCAUUUAGUGCAAAGCACGGGCUCAGAGGCCUCCUGCUCAGGAGCCCAGGAGAGGGGAGGUUCUGGCCAGUGAUGAGCGGCCGCGUCCCGCUGGCAGAGAAAGCCCUGUCCGAAGGCUACGCCCGGCUCCGGUACCGGGACACCUCCCUGCUCAUCUGGCAACAGCAGCAGCAGAAGUUGGCAUCUGUGCCGCCCGGGACGUACCUAAGCAGGAGCCGAAGCACGUGGUACUCACAGUACGGAAAUGAGGCCAUCCUCGUCCGGGACAAAAACAAGCUGGACGUCUCCCGGGACACGGGGCAAUCCAAGUUUUGCUCUGUUAUGUAAUUCUGGUGUGAAAGCCUGGGCCCAGGCACCCAGCCGCCUUGCUGAUCCCUAGUCCUUACUGGGAGAUCCUGAACAGUGAACGUGAAGGUUGAGCUGUGGUAGAAGAACCCCAAAAUCCCAGAGAUGGCGCCCCGGCCCAUUCGCAGUCGGGCUGAUGGGUGGUCUGGGCUCCUGGACUCCAUUCUGGUCUUGCAGGCGCUGUAGGCACCGGCCAGGUCCGGGGCCCGGCCAGAUGCUGUUUUGGUCAUGCUUCCGAAUAAGUCAAGCGGGAGGGACACCCCGGUUACAGACCACCUCUUCACAUUCUUACAGGCUGUCCUUUAGGUUUCCCUUCUGCCUGGUAAAGAGUGGGUCAGAUCUAGAAAAAGGUGAAGGAAUUGGCAUCAUGUCGGGUCGCAGAUCCAUGUGCGGGACCACGAUGUGCGGGACCAAGAUGGAUUCACCCUAAAUGGUCAUCGGCAGCAGCAUUUCAGCAGGGACUUUGUGGCACUUGAGUUUUGAGUCUAGUAACCAAAAUGAUCACUGCGUGUGAUGCACUGUGACGGCUCCUACACUAGCUUCCUGAUGCUGGAGGCUUGUGGGGCAAAGGCAUCCCCAAAACAUUAAGGAAACCCCCAAAUUAUUAAGUUACACAAAAGUUGCUAACAGUGAUUUCAAAUUUAAUCACAGGGCUGAAAUAGGCAGGUCCUCAGCGGACAGUAGUUCAGCCUCGACUCCGAGGCUGCACCUCCCGGCCACCUGCAGUGUCUGAUGUGCGUGGGCCGUGACCACACACAAGCAGCCUCGGCCCACCUGUGUGGGCAGCUUAUGAGUCAUUUUUAAAGGAUCUGCUGUCUGCUGUAGUUAAGGUCUGUGUGGCGAGGCAAACGUGGACGCGUCUUUUGUCGAAGCUGAGUUUUCUUUUCUAAAUAAAUCUCCUUUAGGAGCCGCCUUC